CAACUCCUCUAGUCUCUCUCCUUAGCUCAGCUCCAUUUCUCUUCGGUUUGAAAAACCAUGCAAACUAGUUCAAACCCUCAUGCGAUCCUUCUAGCGAGCCCGGGAAUGGGGCACCUAAUCCCCGUCCUCGAGCUCGGUAACCACCUGGCUGCUCACCAUGGCAUCGACGUUACCAUCUUCGUUGUGGUAGCUGACCCUUCCAUAUCUAAAUCCCGGCUCCUUGGCCAGACAACUGCCACCCUGAAACCAGUGAACGUAGUGUUACUGCCUCAGGUCGAUAUCUCCAGCCUCGUCAGCCCGACCGCCUCAGUGGUGGCGCAGAUAGCAGCCAUGAUGCGAGCAGCAGUGCCCUCUCUCAGGGCCGCCAUCUCCGUCAUGAGCACUCCUCCGACGGCGCUGGUGGUUGACCUGUUCGGAAAAGAGGCCUUGGUCUUGGCUAGCGAGUUUAACAUGCUAAAGUAUGUCUUUGUAACUUCUACUGCCUGGUUUCUUGCGGUCACAGUGCACUUGCCGAGUCUCAGUGAAAAGGAAAGGCACGAGCACCGUGUUCUUAAGAAACCGCUCAAAAUUCCAGGUUGCCGUGCUAUCCAGUUUGAAGACACGUUGGAAGUGUUCCUCGACCACCCCAACCAGGAUAUAUUCCCUGAGUUUGCUCGACUCGCCUUUGAGAUGUCACUGGCUGAUGGGAUAUUGGUGAACACAUGGCGGGAGCUGGAACCAUCAACCCUGAACGAGCUUCUUCAUAACAAGGCGUUCGGAAGGGUCACGAAAGUGCCGGUUUACCCCAUCGGUCCCCUCGUUAGAUCAGUCAGGCAAAGUUUGGAGAGCGAUGUCACUGCUUGGCUUGACAAGCAGCCAAAGGAGUCGGUGAUUUACGUCUCCUUUGGGAGUGGCGGGACCCUGUCAGCGAAGCAAACCAUCGAGCUUGCCUGGGGGCUCAAGCUAAGCCAACAGAGGUUCGUCUGGGUGGCGCGACCACCUGCGGAUAACAACGCAAGGGGAGCCUUCUUCAACUCGACCAGCAGCAUCCAGGACGGGACCCCGGAUUACCUGCCCGAAGGUUUCUUCACUAGCAUCCGGGGCAUGGGGCUGAUCGUGCCCAUGUGGGCUCCGCAAACCGAGGUCCUGGCACACGAGUCCAUCGGUGCGUUCCUAUCCCAUUGCGGGUGGAACUCGACCCUAGAGAGUAUGGUCAAUGGGGUCCCAAUGAUCACAUGGCCGCUCUAUGCCGAGCAGAAGAUGAAUGCCACCAUGCUAGCAGAGGAGUUAGGGAUGGCAGUCCGGCUGGGUCCCCGAGAGGCCGGCACACUGGUCGAGAGGGAGGCAAUAAAAGACGUGUUGAUGGGAGCGAUGGACGUUCGGCACAAGGGCGGUAAAAUGAGGGCUAGGGCAAAGGAGCUGAGAGCAAAAGCAAGGAAAGCAUUAACAACGGACGGUUCAUCUUAUAAUUCGUUGUCCCAAAUUGCGAAAGAGUGGGAGUUUAGACUGCGCCACCUCAGCAAUAAGACACUUGGUGCUUGACUACUAAAACCUCUCCAUCGGAUGAGACUUAACGAACAUACCACGUGACAUAUAUUUUAGUUAUUUGGCAUAUAAAUAAUUAUAAAUAUAUGACAAUGUAUUGUUUAGAGAAAAUAAAACUUUUGAAUUCGCAAUGGUUGACUAAUGAAAGAAUUUGGGUUUUUUUUUUUUCAAUUCUCUUCUUCUAUUUGUCGUCAUGUGUAUAUAAAGUGAGUCGAAGUGCACUUUUUGCUCUUUUCCCAUGAGGUGACCAUGACCACAUCACACGUUCUGGAUCGUUCUUUGGAAUUUCCUGGGUCAACACAUAUAAGAUUCCAACAUAUUUACGUUGCGGAGCCGUCGGCAGUUGUAUUGCCAGUACGCGGAAGAUGGAUGUUAUCAUUAGCACAGGAAUCACCGGAUUUUCGGAUAUAAGAGUGCGUACUAAAAUAAAACAUACAAUUUCAUUUUC